AUGCCACAAAAGUAAAUAUUGGACUGGAAUACGGGGGAUACGAGGAGAUGGCCCUGCGAGCCUACAAUUUGGGACACGUGAGGCAAUGGCUGCUCCUGUGGCAACCGAAAACCGUUUGAAAUUCUCACGCAUUGCGCCAAAAGCGUUUAAGCUUUGAAACCGUAUUUGAUUGCACCUGACACAUGUCAUGUGUAACUAAGGAGUCGCCACCAACCAGCAAUAGCAAUGGCAAUAGCAAUAGCAAGAACAGCUACAACAAUAACAGCAACGGCAAAAGUGGUUCCUGCCACACACAAGCAACAACAACAACAACAACGGUAAGAGACCGGAAUGGAGGGGAAAUCACCUGGAGAGCAACAAGCGGAAACUGCGGUCUGAUGAAUAUCCCGCAGUGAAAUGCACUGAAAUUGUCUCCCAAAAUGGGUGAAAAUUAAAUGCAGCUGAGGGUGAGAGAGUUUUGCAG